AUGGCUCCUCCACCUCCAGCCAGCUUGCCUUUGGGCGAGAGACUCAAGGCCUUGGCUCAGACAUUGCAGUAUGUUCCUACCAUAAUCCUCAUAAUCUUUGCAUUUGUUGUCCCAGAAACUGACCAAUAUGACACCAGAUUCGGUUGGUUUGUAGGCCACUUGACCUUGCUUCUCUCGGUCUUGCGCUACUCCCUGUCCUACCUCACCUUCAAUUACUACUCCAACUCGACGAAGAUCUCGUAUCGCUUGGCGUUUAUUGCUGCGGCGGUGACCUACGGUAUCGUCGUCUACAAACAGUAUAUCGCCCGAGGGAAGCUUACGGGAGGUAUUCCCAACAUCGUUUUCAAGUUGCUGGGCGAUGAAAAUGUGCAGUACCUCGCUCAUGAACGCUCAACAGGAAUGGCCCUCGUGUGGCUGUACUCCCGCCAGAUUCCUCUGGCUCUCCUGCCCUUCAGCGUGUACUCGGUCUUCCACGUCGCUACGUAUACCCGGACCUACUUGCUUCCCACUCUGCAGCCACCAAAGCAGGAUGCCGCCGGUCCAGCCUCCCCCACUUCUCCCAGAGCCGCUGCCAAGCAGUCUCCUCUUGCCGAUACCAUUGGAAAAUUCGUCAAGCAGUACUAUGACAGCAGCAUGUACCUCGUUGCAUCACUCGAGCUCGGUCUUCUGCUCCGCCUCGUCCUGUCGGCACUCACCUUCUCCAGGGGAAGCUGGGUUCUGCUCCUGAUCUACCUGUCUUUCUUCCGUGCGAGAUACUCUCAGAGCACUUUCGUCCAGAGUGCUGUCGCGCACACCACUGCGAGGAUUGACACUUCGAUCUCCCACCAAAGCACGCCUCCGCAGGUUCGUCAGGGAUGGGAAACAUUCAAGGGCAUUGUGCGCCAGGCAUAUGAGGCCACAGAGGUGAAACGCUAUGUUGGAGGCUAUGGUUCGCCUGCCGGCAAGAAGCCCCAGUAG